CGUUAUCCAAACAAACACUUCAUUUUCUUUUUAGUAUGUCGGUUACUCAAUUAAAGAGAAAACUUAAAAAAAAAAAAAACCAAAAAACCCAAAAACGAAAAUUAAGUAGAUUUCCGAAAUCCCGAGUUGUUUUUUUUUUGCAAUUACUCAUCAAUCAAUGCAAUGUAGAUAUUUCCAAAGUUUAGAAGAGAAGGAACAAAACAAAAGGAAAAGCAAAAUAAGAGCAGCAACAAAUGCAAAGCAAAUUAAGCAAAGGCAAACGGGUCUGAGAGUUAAUUGACUGAGUUCUAUAUAUAUAACUUCAGUUGUAACGUGCACCUUCAGAAUUGGACUCUUUUCCUUCUUCUUCCAAUAACGUAAGCUCCUCAGUCCUCACCGCUUUGAUUUCGUUUCUGGCAGGUUUAAUGUCAGAUGGGGGAAAUGAUGAAUUGAGCAAUCUUGAGUGAUCAUUUUCUGAAACAAUUGUUUACUUUAAUUCGUCGACUUUUUCUAAUUUCACCUCAAAGUAAGGCUUUUGCAUGCUUUCUUGUGCUCUCUAUUUAAAAAUUUUGCUGUGGUGAUUAAAUUGGUGGGUUUAUGUUGCCUUUUUUGUAUGGUUUCGUAGAUAAAUUGUGGAAAGGAGCAGAAUUUAUUUGUGGGAUUAUUAUCAGUGUUUAAAACUUUCUACUGUGCCUGAUUAUAGUGUCUUUUUGGGGUUUUUGUUUUGAGCUGUGGUAAAAUGGUGGUUUAUAGUGCCCUUAAGUAUGGUAUGGUUAUUUGAGAUAAAUUUUGUUAAAGUAACAGAAAUUUUUGGUUUUUAAUCUGUGUUUGUCAAGAUUUCAAAAUGAUCUGAUCGUAGUAUCUUUCACCGUCGCCCCUCCCCUUGCCCCCUUUGGUGGUAAUUUGGUGUUUAUCUUUUGGUGGUUUAUGUUACCCUCUCAGUACUAUUCAUGCUAUAGACCACAGACCAAACUGAAUUUGUUCUUGGGUUUUUGAUCAUUGUUUAGAAAGCUUCAACUUUAGCUGUUGCCUGGCCAGUUAAGACUCCCUUUUUCUUGGGUGAGGAAGGAAUAUCACGUAACUUUUGAUUUGGCAGUGUUGUUUUUAGCUGAUGAUUAGCUGAUAUCAUCUUUUUUUUUUUCCUUGUUUGUUUCUGUUUGAGUUUAGCUUUUCGAGUGAGUAUAAGUCCCUUAUGCGAAAACCUAAAUGUUUCAGAACUGUGAUAUUUCUCCAUUGCCACAGCUUUGUCAAAAGGAAAGUUUGUCUUGAUGAUCAAAACAGAUAUUUGAUAUAAUUCAUUUAUGUUUUUGCUUUUCCAAGAAGAAAAACAUAAGUAUUUACUUGGGUUGAAAAUGACUUUUGUAAUAAAUAAUACCCCAGUUCAGUCUGAUUCUAAAAUAUGAAAAAUAUAGUUGAAGCCCUGCCACAUAAAUCUUCUCCUUUUCUGGUUUGAUUUGGUUUCCCUGUGGGGCUCAAAGAUUUGUAAUUACUUUCUUCACUUUCUUGUAGGCGAAUGGCAGGGAAACUCAUUGAGAGUCGAUCAAAGUCUUCUGAUGACUUUGAGAUUGUAGGAGAUAACCCUGACGAGCUGAGUAAUGUUGUCCCCUCUUCGUAUCAGACUUGCUCAUGGAUUGACUCGUCAAAAAUUAGGCUUCGACACAGAAUUGGAAGGGGUCCAUUUGGUGAUGUUUGGUUAGGGACCCUUCACCAUGAGACCGAAGAUUAUGAGGAGUAUCAUGAGGUGGCUGUUAAGAUGCUGCCUCCAAUAAAGGAUGAUUUCGUUAGCAUUGUAUUAAAUAGGUUGAGUGACUUGUUCUCCAAGUGCUCUGGAUCAGAAUGUGUUUAUAGGAUGCAAGGUGUCUCCUUUAUAUCUGGGAAGUUGUGUAUCAUAAUGAAGUUCUAUGAGGAGGGUACAGUCGGUGAUAGAAUGUCCCGCCUUAAAGGCAACAAGCUCCCGCUGUCUGAUGUUUUAAGGUAUGGAGCUGAUCUAGCUUGGGGUAUUGUAGAACUACAUUCCAAAGAGAUCCUACUUCUGAACCUUAAGCCAUACAAUUUCCUGUUAAGAGAAAAUGACCAAGCUAUUCUAGGUGAUAUUGGAAUCCCAUAUUUGCUGCUUGGCAUUCCACUAUCAAGCUUGGAGAUUACUCCAAGACUAGGUACUCCUUGUUACAUGGCACCUGAGCAGUGGCAGCCAGAAGUUAGAGGUCCUGUCUCCUUUGAGACGGACUCCUGGGGAUUUGCAUGCAGCAUCGUUGAGAUGCUGACAGGUGUGCACCCUUGGAGUGGUAAAUCAGCUGAUGAAAUCUACAGGUUUGUCGUGAAAAAGCAAGAGAAACCGCAUAUUCCUGGUGGACUCCUUCCUCCUGCUGUUGAGGAUGUCAUAAACGGUUGCUUUGAGUAUGAUUUCAGAAAUCGUCCUUUAAUGGAAGAUAUAUUUCAUGCAUUUAAAAGCUCACAGGGUGCAGUUUUUGACGACGGGAGCUGGAUAGAUACUUGGGUCGAUUCAGGGUUUAGAAGCAGUGGUAUGGAGUUACUGAGUUGUAAAGAUGUUAACAAGUGGUUUCUCUUGAAGGAUCACUUGCAAGUAGGGGACAUAGUUCGAUCAAGAAAGCGGACAAACUCGUCCAAAUCCGAAAACAUGGAGAUACCUGAGGGGAUUGUAGUGGGUUUGGACCGCGAUAGUGAGCAAAAUGGGUAUGUUUUAGUUAGAGUUCAUGGCUUUCAUGAUCCUAAGAGGGUUCACAAAUCUGCACUGGAGCGUGUAACUUUUGGAUUGGCUGCUGGAGAUUGGGUGCGAUUGAGGAAGGUAAUCGAAGGAGGCGGCACAAAACAGCAGCAUUCUCCGGUUGGAAUUAUUCACAAAGUGAAUCGGGAUGGAGAUGUAGCCGUUGCAUUUAUAGGACUCGAGACCCUUUGGAGGGGGAGUUAUGCCGAGCUUCAGAUGGCGGAAACUUACUGUGUUGGGCAGUUUGUGAAGCUGAAACCUAAUAUAUCAAACCCCAGGUUCGAAUGGCCUCGACGAAGAAAAAGAGGUGGUGGCGAGUGGGCAACGGGAAGAAUAUGCCAAGUCUUACCAAAUGGUGGUCUCAUUGUUACAUUUCCAGGUAGGUUGACUUUCUCUGGAGAUAAAAACAGCAGCUUUUUAGCUGAUCCAGCUGAAGUUGAAGCAGUUUGUUUUAACACAUCUCGAGGAAUGAUGAAGAAGUAUCAGCAUCUUGAGGAUUUUCACUGGGCAGUGAGACCCCUACUGAUUGCGUUAGGUCUUUUUGCUGCUAUGAAAGUCGGCCUUUUUGCCGGAAAGAAGAUUGGGAGAUCAAGAGUGAAAAAGGAGCGAACCCAUGCCGCCCCCCUUGGUAGUCAAGCCCCAGAAAAUCAACUAGCUGCUGGAAAUGCGGCAUGGCUUCCUCCACAGGUGGCAAAUUACAUCUUUAGGGAAGGUGUCACUACUCCUACCCCGCCGUAGGGGAAGAAAAUUGCUCCAAAAUAACCAUUAGGGAUAAGCCACCGCAGGUCUUAAUUCAGUCAGUUUCAAAUGAAAUAUGCUCUUUAAAUAAAUACCAUAAACAAUGUCAUAUGUUGUAAAUAAUUAUGCCUUGGUUGGUAAUUUUUAGAAUUUCUGUGGCUGCUGCAACAUUUUCUUCUGUUAGCUGUCUCUCCUGAGUAAAUUGUAACCUGUGAAGAUGAGGGAGCCGAAUAGAUCUCGAGCUCAAAAUUACUUAGACACCAGCAGACGGAUUUAACAUUAAAGCACUUUUGAUCAUGAAUGCACUUCAACCCCA